CGGAUUCCAUUUCCGGUUUAAAAUAUUCAAAGAAUUUCUUUCUGAUUAUGUGAAUUUUAAGACGACACGAUGGUCUUGUAUAACCUUAUGUGUUGCAAUUCAUUUGAUUUAUGUUUACAUUACAAAUAUACGCAUAAAUGAAAGCUGUAUAUACGACGAGAUUACAAUUUUGAGACAUUUUAAUUUUUGUUAUUUUUCUCGGAUAAGAUCUGGACAUAAAUUUAGCUAGUGGGAAACCAAAGCAGCGCUGUUAGGACUUGAAUUGAUGGAUUGUUUGAAGUGAAGAAAUAAACACUGACAAUACAUUUGUUAUAAUUGAUAAAAGAGAUAUGCCCAACCAUGCCAUUUGUUCGCUUGAAGAGAUCUCAAACAUCCAAGUCACUCCCCGUGCGAGUGACUACCAUGGAUGCAGAAUUAGAGUUCAAUGUAGAGUACAAAAUUACUGGGAAGGAGCUGUUUGAUCUAGUAUGUCGCACAUUAGGCCUUCGAGAGACUUGGUACUUUGGACUGCAGUAUUUGGAUCGUAAAGGUGGUGUCGCUUGGUUGAAACCAGAUAAAAAGGUUCUAGACCAGGAUGUCCCUACGGAGCGCCCUCUACCUCUCAUAUACCUUGCCAAAUUUUUCCCAGAGAUCGUCGUUGAUGAGUUGAUCCAAGAAAUCACGCAGCAUUUAUUUUUCUUGCAAAUCAAGCAAUCAAUACUCAACAUGGAUAUAUACUGCGCACCUGAGGCAUCAGUUUUGUUAGCAUCUUAUGCAGUACAAGCAAAGUACGGCGACUAUGAUGAGAAUAACUACCAGGGAGAGAUAGUGGCUGAGGAACUUCUACCCCAGAGGGUUAUCGACCAAUACCAGAUGACGCCAGAUAUGUGGGAAGAGAGGAUACGCACUUGGUAUGCGGACCACAAGGGAAUGGCCAGAGAUGAAGCAGAGAUGGAAUACUUGAAAAUAGCAGUAGAUUUAGAGAUGUAUGGCGUGAAUUACUUCCCAAUACAGAAUAAGCGUGACAGUGAACUCUGGCUAGGAGUAGAUGCCUUGGGGAUGAACAUUUAUGAACUCGAUAAUAAACUCUCGCCAAAAGUGACCUUCCCUUGGGGAGAAAUUAAAAAUAUUAAGUUUAAGGAUAAAAAAUUUACCAUUAAGCCAGUUGACAAGAAGGCACCUGACUUUGUCUUCUUCUCUGACAAGCAUCAAGCAAAUAAACUGAUAUUAGAAUUGUGUGUCGGUAACCAUGAAUUAUAUAUGAGGAGGCGGAAACCAGACUCAAUGGAAAUACAGCAAAUGAAAGCUCAGGCAAAAGAUGAGAAGCUGCGAAAACAGCAAGAGAGAGCAAAGCUAGCAAGGGAGAAACAGUUAAGGGAGGAUGCUCUCAAUGAGAAGGAAGACAUGGAAAGAAAGAUCAAUCACUUACAGGAGGAGGUCAGGCUUGCACAAGAGGCACUGAUGCGAUCUGAGGAAACUGCUGAAAUCUUAGACGAGAAAAGUCGCCUUGCUGAAGAGGAAACAAAACUAGUCAUGCAGAAGGCCGCAGAAAAGGAAUCUGAGUUGCAGAGGAUAAAGCUUGCAGCCAUGAAGCAAGAAGAAGAAAAAUUAAUGAUGGAACAGCGAGCCCGAGAGGCAGAAAUGAAUGCUCAGAAAAUUGUUGAGGACUAUGAAAGACGUACCUAUGAAUAUGAGAAACUAAAAGAUGAACUUUUAAAAGCAAAACUUGCUGAACAGCAAGCUAAAGAAAAUCUUGUAGAAUUGACUCACAGCCCUUACAGUGGCCAAAUCUCAUCUUUAUAUAAUACAAAUAGUGCAAUGACUUACAAUUCCCUGGACAUUGAUCCUGUCUUGACAUCAGAUGAUAAUGAUAUUCGGCACGACUUUGAGAUUGAGGAAGUGGACAGAUUGUCAUUAGAGUUUGAAAAAUCAAGAGUGGAAUACAUUGAGAAAUCCAAGCUUGUACAGGAGCAGCUUAAAGACUUAAAGAAUGAGAUAGAAGUUUUAAAAGUGGAGGAAAAUCAAACCACACUUGAUAGAAUCCACCAGGAGAAUGUAGAUCAGGGUGUGAACAAAUAUGAAACAUUGAAUAAGAUCAAAAUGGGAACUUGUAGGGCAAGAGUGGCAUACUUUGAGGAAUUAUAGCCCUGGGACUUCACUUCCUAGGAUUUCAAUCAUGAGGACUUAAAUCACUGGAACUUAAGAAUCU